AUGGAAAAACUUCAAGACGAGAUUACACUGCUCCCAUCUAAGACCAGUAAUACCAAAYCCCACAAGCGCCUCCUCAUAUUCUUCAUCUGCGGCAAUCCCGGCCUCAUAGAAUACUACCACGCAUUCCUAUCCCAGGUCCAUCGCACCUUACAAGCAAACACCAACAAUUCCAACAUCACGAUCUACGGAUCCAGCCACGAUGGUUUUGAAAUUCACCCAACAACUCCCCGCUCUCACGGCCACGACCCGCCAUAUUCUCUCCGCGAAGUCAUCGAAGGAGUGAAGCGACGUCUACAAGCCAAGACUCGUGAGAUCGCAGGCUCUGAUAAUCCCGAGGAACCCCUGCAGGUAGUUUUGAUGGGCCAUUCUGUGGGGGCUUAUAUGCUGCUCGAAGUCCUUGCGUGGUGGGAGAAGCAGCGGGAGGAACGUGCGAUUUUCAAUCUACUGGGAGGGAUCUGUUUGUUCCCUACCGUGGUUGAUAUCGCGAAGAGUCCUAGAGGGAAGGUCCUGAGUUGGGUUCUAGCGAUCCCUUUUCUACCGACCUUCUUGCAAUGUGUUGCUAGAUGUUUAGCAUGUAUACCAACUUCAUGGAUCGACUGGCCACAGAUGCUGAAUCCUGGACCGGAAGCUGUGGCUGUGACUGAGGCGAUGAUUAGGAGUAGGAAUGGCGUUGGGCAGGUUAUAUACAUGGCCAACGACGAGAUGCGGGAGAUCAAAGAGGACAAAUGGCAUCCUGCUAAUGUAUGGGGUAUGCUUCCUUACAGCGAUGAUGUGAAUGGAGUUGAAACAACUGAGACCGAGCUGUCCAUCGACUCCAAGGCACCGAGAACGAAACUGUUCUUCUACUGGGGAAAGAAUGAUUACUGGGUCAACAAUCAAUCCCGCGAUGCUCUCAUUGCUGCUCGGGCUCAGACGUCAAGCACGGAAUCUGUAUCGACAAUGUUCAUCGAUCCGGGCGAGAUUCCUCAUACAUUCUCUUUGGAGACGAAAGACAUGACAACUGUUGCGAAUAAAGUGGCCGAAUACAUUACAGAGCUCCAAGACUCAAUAUAG